GUUCCCGCGCUAUGGGGGAUGCGGGAUGUGGGAUGGGAUGGGGUGGGAUGGGUACACGGAUGGAUGUGGGGAACGAAGGCACGCAUGUGGGGGGGAGCGAAGACGCGGAUCCGGACCGAUCCUUCGGGUAGGCGGCAAACCGACCUUUUUUGCCGCCAUUAGAUAUGGAAUUUUCCUGGCGGGUUGGGUUGGCCGCGAGACGUGCGCGCUGUGGUGUGCUGGUGGAAUCGUUGUGGGCCUGGGCUUUGCUUGCGGGCUUUGCGUCGAUGGGGCAUUGGGGUAGAGAAUUGGAUAUUGUUCAUGAUA